AUGCGUCCGUCUCAUACGAUCUACAUCAGCACUGCGCGGCGAAUGGGCAACACCCGGCUUGGUUUCGCAGACCUAUCGCCCGCCGACCUGGUAUUGGUAACACGCAUAUCCCGGUCAAGGUCGGAGAAGCGUGGUCAUCAAUAUCCUCAGUCACCCAACACAUAGACCGGGAUUACCUGUCUCUCUCGGGCAUCGGCCAUUGAACUUUGGUAUAAAUCCUCGCAGCUUGAGAACAUUGAGCUAUCAGCCCAACAAGCCUCCAAAUCCACUACAGAUGUCUUACCCAACUUUCAACGCCGAUACCACUGCCCAGGAGGUCGCUACAGCUUUUGCCGAUCAGAUCAAGGGCAAGAAUGUGCUUAUCACUGGAACGUCCCUGAACGGGAUCGGCUUUGAGGCGGCGCGGGUCAUAGCCAAGUAUGCCCAUCUCGUCAUCAUCACCGGAUACAGCAAGGAGCGAUUGGAGCUUACGCGAGCUGCAUUGGAGAAGGAGAGCCCCCAGGCUGAGAUCCGGCCACUGGUUCUCGAUCUCGCAUCGCUGAAGGACGUGCGCAGGGCAGCCGCCGAGGUCAACUUCUACGCCGAGCCCAUCCACGUCCUGGUCAACAACGCUGCCGCCGCGAUUGGCGGAUUCAAGCUCACCGCGGACGGCUUCGAGAGCCAAAUCGGCACGGACCACAUCGGUCCGUUCCUCUUCACGGCCCUCAUCACGCCGAAGAUCCUUGCCGCGCGCACCGCGACGUUCACCCCGCGUGUGGUCUUCGUCUCAAGCACCGUGCACACUUACUUUCCGUUGAAUCUGGAGACGUUGGCCAAACCCGAUCCAGAGUCGUACGCCCCGAUAAAUGCGUACGCCCAAGCCAAGGUGGCGAACGUGCUCACCGCGGCCGAGAUUUCGCGGCGGUCCAAGGGGCAGAUCAACGCGUACAGUCUCCAUCCCGGAGUUAUCUUCACCAACAUCAAUCAGAAGAAGGAAGCGAUCGCAAUGGGGAAGGAGGUGGGCAUCCUCCACCCCGACGGCACGCCCAACCACGAGGCCGCGCCGUGGAAGUCGAUUCCUGCGGGUGCUGCGACGACUGUGACCGCCGCGUUUGACCCGCGCCUGGAGAGCGUUCCGGGUGCAUAUCUCGACGAUUGCGUUGUUGCGAACGAGAAGAUUGCGGCUCAUGCUGCGGAUCCUGACGUUGCUGCAAAGCUGUGGGAGAUCACGGAAGGGCUCGUCGGUGUCAAGUUCAAAUUUUGAAGAUGUCACACGUAUCUAGAUUACAUUUCGCAACGGUGUCACAUGAGUCAGCAUGAACGAUGAAGUACUAUUAUUAGUGAUUCGAUCAUC